GCUAUAUAGCCGUGGCGAUGCCUUCCCUUGGCACAGUGCAACCUUUGGCACCUCGACGUCCCUUCCUCGCCUUCGUUCCGACCGCCAUGAUGCCCCGGUUCUCGCUGAUGCUGGUGUUUGCCCUUGUGGGAGCCAUCCACGCUGACAAGUUGUUCAGCCCGCCCGCUCCUCCCGCCCCAGGAUACUCGUACGGCGCCCCCGAUCUCAGGGCCGACGCCUCCACUCUCGACCAACAGGAACAGGACCCCAUCGCCGCCCUGGCCGCCAACAUCCCCGGUGGAGGUGUCCCUGGCGAGGACUACCCCAUCCUGGCCUCCGUCCCCGACACCGGCUUCUCCUGCGAGGAACAGCAGUUCCCAGGCUACUAUGCUGACACCGCCCCCGAGGCCGGCUGCCAAGUGUUCCACAUCUGCCAGUUCGACGGCCGCCAGGACGCCUUCCUAUGCCCCAACGGCACCAUCUUCAACCAGCAGUACUUCGUGUGCGACUGGUGGUUCAACGUGGACUGCGCCGCGUCCGAACAGUUCCGAAGUCUCAACGCUGACAUCGGCAAGAUCCCCGAAGACGCCGCUGCCUCCGUCCGCAACGACGUCGUGGCACCCAACCAGCUGUAUGGCACUCCCGAGGCACGCCAGGCACCUCCUCCAACUCCUUCCCAGUCUUAUGGCAGUCCCAAUAGGUUCUAGGUGAUCAUUCUUAUAUGCUGACAAAUUUCCCUGCUUUUCCGCAAUGUCUUUGUGAAUCCACGCUCAUUUUUGUUGCUGUAAAUAUUGAUUCAAAUCUUUUUCCGCAGUCUUAACAACUGCACUCGAAUGAAUGCUAAUUGCUUAUUUCUGUAUUAAGCAAUAUAAAGUUAAAUUAAUUUAUAAAUAAAUCAUCCAGCCUCA